GUCGCGCAAGUAACAUCGCGUUUUAUGUCGCGUCCCUUUUCUUCACGAUUUUUCUGUGCGAUCUCUCAACGACAGUUUUUUCAAGUUUUUAUCGAUAUACAACCCCGAGAUUCUUCAAGAUUAUUCCGCAAAUGAUCGAGAAAAACGUAACGGGCGAAUGAUUAAUUUGUUUACGCGGGAAUUGUUAGAAAAUCGGGUCGAAUUCGGAUCAUAUUUGUUUGAUAAUUUCGACCCUUCGAGCGUUCAAAACAAAUAAUUCGACGAAAAACAACGAUAUAUGCGAGCAGUAUAGACAGUCAAAAAAUAUCCUCGAAUCGUUUUUUAAGUUACAAAGAAGCGUGGAUAUACUGCAACAAGUUUUCGAUAACAUCGUUGCUACUGUUUUCUGUUUUCUCUUCUGCGUAUUAUACUUUUUCGGUUCGGUUAUUCGUUUCGUAACAUAUUGAAAGAAAGCAGUUGAAUAAAGCAUAUUUGGUGCAAAGUGUAUCGACGAAAGUUUCGGUCGGGGUCCGCAGCCAACCUGUUAGUCAUGUGGGAACGGUAAAAACCGUUCAGGCAGGAACUCUGGAAGAGCAGUUUCUCGGAAACGACCGUCAGAAUGGUAAUAACGAUGUAGUGAAACCUGCUUCUCGCUGUUCAGCAAGGAUACGCGUUGCUUCGACGAUCGUCCCUUUGAUCGUUCGUGCACUGUGAUGUUCGUUUGCCGGGUUUGCAAACGGUACAUUCUUACAUGUACGUACAUGAUGAUAUCGUGGCCGAAAACGCAACGUUCUCGCGAUAUUUCCAAGGCAACGUUCUAAAACUAUUGUGGAUGAAGCAAGGGAAAAAAGAAGAAAUUAUUGGAAAGAUAACGACGAGUCAUUUGUCUAUGAAUCAUGCAACGAUCUCGGAACGUUUCCGAAGGAUGGAGUCGGAAAAGGACAGACAUGAGCGUGUCCCUGAUGAACGGACUGCUGAUGCUGGGUGUCGUCGCGGCCAUCAUGCCAGGUACCAUGGUGGUCGGAUUUUCCGGCGCGACGCUCGUCAUGGAUCAGGACAUCCCGUCGAGGACCUGCCGGUAUAGCAGGGCAUACUCGAUGAUUCAAGUCCGUUGCUCGAAUCUGCACCUCGAAUGGAUCCCCACCAAUCUGAAAACGGAGAUUCAGAUCCUGGACGCGUCCGUGAACAGACUGCGGGUGCUAACGAACGACAGUUUAUCCGCGUACACGAGUCUCGCCUAUCUCUAUCUGGGCGACAAUUUUAUUCAGGAGAUCCAAGAGGCGGCAUUCGAUAGCCUGCACUACUUGAAGGUACUCGAUCUCUCGACCAACGGCUGCGACACCCUGCCCAAGAGCCUGUUCCGGCUACCCUAUCUGCAGAAGAUUUAUCUGUAUAACAACAAGCUCACCGACGAUCUGUUCAAACGUAUAGAAGUGACGUCCCCGUUGGCCUUCUUGCAACUCGCCAGGAACAGACUCGGCAAGAUACCCGAAAUGGGUGCAAUGCCCACCUUGGUAAAUCUGAACGUCUCCGACAACGCUAUCAGCUCCGUUUCCCCGGAGGAUCUGGCACCCUUCUGCUCGCUGAAGAUUCUCGACGUGUCGAAAAAUCCGAUCAAGUUUGACGCCAACAAUUGCGAGUGCCAGACGUUGAACGCGUGGAUAUACGCUCGUGGAAUACGCUCGCGACCGGUGUUCAAUUGCACCGAGGAGCAAGAAAGAGGCUGCGCGCAGCCUGCCUUUAGCAACAGAACCAUCCAACUGUACGAUCGGUGCACGGAAAUUCUGCGGUUGCAAGUUGAGACGGAAAAGGCCAGGACCACGUGGAUAUUGAUCGCCUGUUGCAUCUCUGGCUUCCUCUUCUGCUUAUUCAUUAGCCUGUUUUGCGUGCACAAGAGAAACAAGCGGAGGAAGAAGAAGCUGAAGGAGGAACAGAGACUGAACGCGAACAACGCCAACACCGAGUUGCUCAACAGCAAUUUGAACCAGCCGGAGAACACCUGAAGCUUCGGUGCAACGUCGUCGCGUUGCCAAACAGAGAUGCAACUUUGGCUCUUCUACGGCGAUGCUACGUGGAACCUCGACUUUUCUAUCAAUGUGCUGGAGUAUCCCGUAACAGGUGUGAUAUAACGAAGAACGGAAGCGAUCUUCCUCCAUCCUCCUAAGAACAUAGAUCGAAAAUGCGGAAUAAAGUUUCUUUUACGAGGCUCGCGUUCGAGGGAACCGAUAUUAAAUCUUGCUUUCAACCAACUUACGGCUAACUUGCGUUUAAAACGGACGUGUUGUCUGCUUUCUGCGCACAGGAUGCCAUUGCGAUAAGUAGUACCAUAGGAUAUUGGGUUGCGAGGACUGGAUCGAACCGCAGCCUCUAUCCUGUGAGCAAAUUUUUCGUAUCGAUUUCCUCGAACCCUAUGGCUUCCCCGAUUCGAAAUUUCCCCCAAAGCGUUGUUGCGUCAGCGUUUGAUUUCGCUGUCGUUUUAGCGUUCUAUUCGCUAAGACAAAUACUCCGUACGGAUGAAGAGUAGAUUUAUUCAGAGGCAGCUCUAAGUAUUUGCGACGACUGAUCAUUUGUCGCCGUAUUUUCAACUUGCGUUGCAAGAAAUUUCCAAGCGAACGCCGAAUCUGGUGAAACGGACGAAGUGGCUGAAAAUAAAAUCACGGUUAAAUACAUCACUAUGUUUGUGUUCUCAAAAGAAAAUAAAAAAAAGAAAAGAGAAAACGAUAAAAAAAAGGAUAAGAAUAUAUAUAUGUAACUGUGCGAUCUCAGAUUACUAUCGUGGUACGACUUUACCAAUAAUCUGCGAAUUUAAUCGAAAACCGAUAUUUCGAAUGCCCAUCGUUUGUCCGGUUUCUAGUAGUAACUAAGCAACAAUUCUGAUCGUUGUGCACGAUAUCGGAAUUUCGAUAUUCGUGUUGCUAUUACCCGACAGUCGUUGGAAUUAAUGGAUGUUCUAAAAUCGUAAACUAGCCGGAUACGUAAAUUUCUUUUUGAGAAACGAUUUAUGAAGAUCGAUCGAAAAAGUACCUUUAAUUCGUUCACAUAAUCAGCGAUUUGCCGAUUCACACGAUAUAAUUCUUAUUACGAAAAGUAUACGCGUCUUUCGAACGAUCUUUGUUCCAUCCAGAGUGUAUAUAUACAUGAUAUAAACGUACACACAAGCGCACGCAACGCGCGCACACUUAAUAUACACACGUAACAUACAUACGUGUAUGUAACGUAUACUCGUGUUAAAUAUUAUAUUUAUUUAUAUUUAUCGGAGAAAGUUUUUUUUUUUUGUUAUUUUUACGACCAAUUUUCAAGUGCAUUUAUGCUAAUUUUUUUCUUUUUUUUUUUAAGUUUCCAACCUCAAAUGUGUAUUCCCCAAAUAUAGUGAAAAAUUCGA